CAAGCAUCAGACCUGAAUUCCAAAAUGUCAGCAAUAUGUCAUUUGCACACAACUUAAUCUCUUCAAAUGAUUAUGAAGAGUACGAAGAACAUGAAGUACUGAGUUUGCCUAUAGAGAAAAUCGAGUUUCCACCAAAUCAGCGCUACACGGGAUGUACUCUUCAUGACAAUCUUCAUGGUGCUGGACAUUAUGUAUUUAAUAGAAAUGAGGAGGUCACUUUCUAUGACUGUUUGUUCUAUUGCAACAAGAUAGAAGGAUAUGGUCAUAUUUUUUACAAAGAUGGAUCCCAUUUUCAGGGACUAUUCAGAGAGAAUAAAAGAUUUGGUCCUGGGGUCUUUACGUACACAAAUGGACAACAAGAUGUAGGACUAUGGGAAGGUUUUUCUCUUAUCAGACUAAGCGAGAUGGUGGAACCAUAUUUAGUUCCACGUUUGGGGACAACCAUCUUAGGAAAACAGAAAAUGUUCAGGAAUAGGCAUUUGGUGCACGUUUGUCAUGAAAGAAUGAAUAGAGCCAAAGACAUCAUGAUCAAUCUAGGAGCUGACAAGGAACUUGUGGACAAGUCAGACGUGCUCUAUUCGACUCAAGUGAAAGACCGAAACAACGUCUUCUUCAACAACUACGAGUACGAUGAGUAUUUCUUUCCAAACAACGACUGUGAGAUAGAAGUUGUAGAAAAACCACAGACUCGCGACAAACAUCUGUCUACACAUACUUUAGUUAGAGAAACAGACGGAAAGAAUAACAUACUGUUGGAGUUGCAUCAGAAAAGGAUAGAACUCUUAAGCAACACGAUAAACGAGGUUAGACCGAAGCUUGUGCAAGCUCGAGAAGAUCUGAGAGCAAUAACCGAGAAGAUUGAAUUCUGUAGAGCUUGCUGUUAUGUCGAAGAAGAGAACACUGUUCAGGAAGAUGAGAAUAAUUUCUCUCAAAGGUCGUUGCUGACGAAGGCUUCCGAUGAUCAAGGCAUUGAUGUUUGGCCACUGACUACAGACACCGUGCUAGCCGUCGAUACGUCCGUCCACGAUCUAUCAUUGCUGACAUUUGAUACUGUUGACAUCAGCAUGCUCAGUCAAAGUAUUGUAACACAAUCACGCAAAUCGUCUACGUCUGUAUCUUCGACAAAGGAAUACCUUGAUACGCUAUGCUGCCUCUGCGACGAAGAGUUUGAUGUGGACAAUUUGGCUGUUCUGGAAGCCCAGCAAAAGGAUUUACAGAGAGAUGAGUUGUUCUAUCGCACUUUGGUAGAAAAUCUGGAACCAAAGCUACAAAGGCAUUUGGAUGCUGUUAAUAUGCCUCCAAGAAAUACAAAAAGGGUAAUCGUGGACAAGCUGCUAGCUUGGAAUAAUGAAGAAAUCUGCAAACAGAUGGUAAAGCAUGGCUUCAUACAUCGACAUUCGGAAAGCAUGGUUAAUUUCCUUGUCUCCAAUGUAGUAGGUCAGGAAAGGAAGGGAUUCAAUGAUUCAGGCCCACAUGAAAUGAACUGUCGUGAUUUCCUCAAAAUCUGCACCCAGGGUGACUCACUGGAAGUAAUCGAGUACAUUCGCGGGAAGAAAGUAAACGUCAAUGUGGCGGAUGCAUGUGGCAACACUGCAGUUUUUUACGCGACUUGUUGCUGUAGGACUUCAAUACUGAAGACGCUGAUCAACUUUGGAGCCAACUUGGAUGCCGUCAACGAUGAAGGGCUCACACCGCUGAAUUUGUGCUUACUGCACUAUUUGGCCUGGAAAUACAAAAUUGUAGACUGGGAAGCAGCUUUUGUACCGCCUGGACCGCUGUCCAAAGAAGAGGAGGAGCGAUAUGGUGUGAACUAUUCUACCACCAGUUUGGCUGGAGGAACUCGUAGCAAGAAGAAACUGCUUUAUUCGACGGCUAAUAUAGCUACUGUCUCCAAGAUGCAGGUAUCCAAGACGCCUGUCCAAGAAUACAUAUUUGACCUAAGCUGCAAGCCGUUGACUCCACCAGCAACUAUUAAAGCUAGAGCGCCAUCUGAAAUGAAGGUCGGCAGCAAGCUGGAUAGCAAACAGUCGCUGUUCGAAGCGCCAGACAUGCACCUGAGUAGCGAACUAACGAAUGUGGAGCAGCUGCUCGAAUAUGGAGCUGAUCCCAACGUUGGAGAAGUGCCUUUUUCCCCUUUGAUUCUGGCUUCGUUCACUGAAAAUGACAAGUAUUGGCGUUGACACAGCUGAUAUUGAAGACUAUGGAAAAAAUCCCUUGCAUCUUCUAUGCCUACGCCAAGACUAUGAUUCGGACAAAUGCAACUAUUUCGUCAAAGUAGCCGAUCUUCUUGUAGAAGCCAACACUAACCUUCACUAUAAAUACCUUGGCCACACGCCACUGUCCCUAGCAGUUCUCUCUGGCAAUGGAAGUCUCAUCGAAUACUUCAUAGCAAGCGGGUCUUUCAACCCCCACAAGCUUCUAGACUACGAUAUGGGCAAUGUGCUUACUCUGUACACUUUAAAAAAGUACGAGGGUAUCUUACCUCUCGCCAAAUGUAAACAAAUCAUUCACCUUCUGUGUCAGUUAUACGUAAGUCCUCUGAAACCCGUUGGGCAGUUCGAGAAUGCUGUAGCAUUUGGGGAGUUCCAACUCCGACCUCCUCGAAAACCAGCGGACGAAGAGACAGCGGGAACGAAGAAGAAAGCACCAAAGAAGUCUAGACCACCAAAAAUAAACAAAAAAUCUCAGAAUUACAUUAUCAUCCAGUAUCUUAAGGAGAGCACUAGGAAGAUGAUCAUAUGUACGUAUACAGUGCGAGUCAAGAGAUGGUAAUCUGAUACAAAAAAUGCCACAAAUGUAUAUAAAAGGAAAGUCCUAAAAUGUCUUUAAAGCAACAUUUCAAUUGAAUGAAAGUUUGUCAGUUCAGUGACCAGUUGAUGCCUCACAUUACGGUGUCGAUGUGAAACGAUUAUUUUUUUCAGAUCCAGGAACAGAGUAGAUUCAAAAUGAUAUUGCUUUAUUUUACAACCUCCACCACAUUCGGCCAAAAAAUACACAUUUGGUCAUCCGUCAAAGGAGGCUGAAGGUUGAAAAAUCUAUACUUUCAACUAAUAAUGAUUUUGCGAAAAUUUGGCGUGAUGUGGCAGUGGAAAUGCGCAUAAUCUUGGACAAUGCAUUCAGGAACUAAAACAUGUCAUCUAUGCAGUAAAAACAAAGAAGUAUAAUUUUCUUUAACUCAUCCAAGCUGAGGCUCACUUCACACCCUAUUUUAAAAAAGUAUGUUGGAAAAGUUUUGGUUUUUUGUUUCGCGAUUUGGAAACAAUCUGUAUAGUACUUCACUAUUGUUGAUUUAGCUGCAGCUCAGUUGCAAGCUGUAGAAUACCUCUACGAUCUUACCGAGGAAAAUCUGUUAGAAGAAGAACGUGUGAAAGAUUUGGUGAUCUACUUGACCCCCGAAAUCACAGUGGAUUGCUUGCAGAUCCUUUUCAACUACGGCAAACUUAUACAAGAUCGGUACAGCUACGAUAACAUCCUAAAGUUGCUGGGGUCAGCAAGAAACAAGAAGAAACCCAAAAAAAGGCAAAAAUGCUGACAAUCAAGUACCAGUUGAUACAACCACCAAUUUCGUCAGUCUGCUGAAACAUGUGGACUUCAGGUACAAAACGAAGUACUCGAAAAUAAAACAGAAGUACCCACCACCAGGUCUGGACGACCUUGCCUUGUAUGAUGUUUGUUUCCAAUGCAUAUCGAAAAAAGACAAAGAGCUAGCGAGAUGCCCCAAAUGCAGAUACGUACAGUUUUGUUCCCUACCAUGCUAUAAGCAGAGUGCUAAGGAGAAAAAUCAUACAUGUGGAGUGGAUAUGUUUGGAUUGACUCUGAUACAAUCCCAAGAUGAGCUAGAAACAUUAUGCAAGUCAGCCCACAAUAACUGCCUUAAACGAUAUAUUGAAGAAAAACAAAAAGAACAUGAGGAAAAGAUGAGAAAGGAAUUAGAAGAUAGGCAGGCGGACAUUUACGGAACGCGCAACUUGAAACAUUCUCGACGCUCUGAAGCUAGUACUGUGAUGAUGAUUGAUAUUCAUAGUCUUGAUGAAAGAACAAAAAAAUCAGACCACACAUUCCUUAGCAGAUUAGAAUCCAAGCUUACAAUGCUAAGUAACCUUGAGAAGGACUCUAUGUAUUUACCUUACAGAAUACGCGACCCUGUUGCAACUAAUGAAGCUAGUAGAAAAUCUUCGUCAAAGAAGAAAUUAAGAGGCCGAACUACUUCUUGCGAAAGAUGUUGUGAGAAAGCCAAAGCAACCAGAAGAAGCGCGGAAAAAGGUGUUGAAAGUCAAUUUGAGGCACUUCCAGUUUUAGAGGACGAUUACCACAUUUACAAGAAGGUUAAGGUAAUCCCUCAGAAGAUACAUACCUUCAUGGAAGUGCUUGUUCGUAUGUUCCCAGAUGCAGAUUUCUCACAGACGAUGCUACCUUAUGUCUGUUAUGCUAACGGCCAAAUGUAUUACAGAUUCAGUGAUCAAAAUAUGUUUGACGGAACUUAUAGCAUGGUGUAAAUAUGAAUAAAUAUAUCAAACUAUCA